GCCGGAGUGUGUUAACGUGAACGGCAGUUGCUAAUUUAGAUAGUUAAUAUUAGCAAAUAUGUGCUAGCUACAUCUGAAUUUAGCCCUAGCCAUCAUUAAACAAAAUUCACGCCUUUGUUGUGAAAAAGUUUAAUUUAAAGGUGGAGGUUUGCCAUUAUUUUGCUGGGAAAUCUGUGGAAUGAAUCAUUCCUAUUUAUGAUUGUAAAAAUAAAUUAAAAAAAAGUUGUUUAGCCUAACGUUAAAUAACCGCUAAAACCGCUCAAAACAAAAUGUGUUAUUUGCUAGCUUUAGUUACUUCAUGACUGGUCUCAGCUGUUCAUCCUUAAUUCUAUAACGAUUUCCCACUGCAUCUGCCCUCGGCAGGAUUUUUAGAAGCUCCUUUGUCUCCUGUGAACAUCAAAACAAACACAUUAACAUCCAGUGCUCACACAGCUAUGUUGAGAGAAAUGAUAAGUCCUGGAUAGCUGAAAUUCUUGAAACUGCCAAAAUGUCUUCAGUGCUGGGACUUCCUGCACGAGGAACAGAUGUCACAAUUCUCAUAACCAAAGUCCACUUGCAUCCCCUUUGUUCACUUGUGGAGUUCUGGGGAAAAUUUAGCCAGGAGAGGACGGCAGAUUAUGAGCGCCUGGCCAAUGACAUUCAGUCUCCUGGAAACACAUUUCAAGAAUUUGAAGGAAAUCCUGGUGACCUGUGCUUGGUUCAGAUAGAUGGUACUUGGAACAGGUCUCGCAUUGUCUCAAGAAAUGGUCCAAAAUACACUGUGUUCCUCAUUGACAAAACAGUGACACAUAGCACCAGCGCAAGUAAUCUAGCACAGGGUAAGAAGAAGUAUUUCCACCUGCCACCCGAAGUGGAAUAUUGCGUGCUAGCUAAUGUGUUACCACUCUCACCUGAGAACAGAUGGUCUCCAAUGGCUCUUGAAUUUCUGAGAUCUCUUUCUGGAAAGUCUGUAAAGGCACAUGUGCAAGAUGUACUGAUAGCGCACAGAACAUUUCUCCUGCACAUCCCUUGUAUAUCCAAACGAAUGUUCGAGGUUGGAUUUGCCAAGUGGCUCUCUCCCAAUGUGUUUCAGGACUUAUAUCUUAUGUUACUGCAAUCUCAUAUUGAAGUGUCUCCAGAGUCGCGGCAGAUCUCCAUAGGAGCAGAUGAGCAGUUGAACAAUCAAGAGUUCUUCAUGUACCCAGAACUGCCAGCGGGAAUUGUGGAGACUGUCAUAGUCAUGAAUGUGAAUGAUCCACAGUGUAUAUUUUGCCAAUUGAAGGUGUUUUCAAAAGACUUGGAGAAACUCUCAGAGCAAAUCAGACAGUGCUGUGAGAACAGUAUGACCAACUGCAUUGUAGGUCCCAAAAUGAUUGGGUUUCCGUGUGCUGCAAGAGGAAGUGAUGGCAGAUGGUACCGCUCUGUUCUGCAACAGGUAUUCCCAAUCAGCAAAGUGGUGGAAGUGUUGAAAGUUGACUAUGGAACCAAAGAGUUUGUUCAAGUGAAAAAUGUAAGACCACUUGCUGCAGAGUUCUUCAGGGUGCCUGUUGUAACUUACGCCUGCUCCCUUUAUGGUAUCACUGACAAGAGAGCUGAAUGGACAAGCAGCCAGAUUGACUAUCUCAGGACCCUUGUUUUGUACAAGACAGUGAUUGCCAAAUUUGAGUACCAGAGCACCUCUGAGGGUGUUCACUAUGUCACGCUCUAUGGAGAUGAAAACACAAACAUAAACAGUUUGUUUGUCUCCAAGGAGAGCUGCUUGCUGGAGUGGAAAAAAACACUUGGAGAUUUUGCCAUCCAGAGCACUGCAAACCUCCCCCAGCAUCCAGCACAAGCAAGGACUCCUUAUGUUGAGGGAAAAGAAGACAAAGGAAGAGUGGAGAAGUUGCCAGUUGAAGACCUCUCUCUCAGAUCAUCUCACACGGCAGUAGUUCAGUAUAUACGUGACCCAUCAGAGUUUUGGGUCCGAACACAGAACUAUGCAAAUGAGUUAGAUAAACUGGAUCGUAUCUACCAUCUCUGCAAAGAUUCAGUGAAUAAAGAUGUGGUCAGAAAUCCACCUGUUGGCCUCUACUGUCUUGCCAAGGCAGAAGAUGGUGUUUUCUACAGAGCAACUGUGGUUGAGGUUGGUGAGACACAAAUCAAGGUGUUCUUUGUUGAUUAUGGGAACACUGAAGUGGUUGACAGGAGCAACAUCAAGAACCUUCCUGAUGAUUUCAGAAAGCUUCCAUGUCUUGCAGUGAAAUGCACCCUGGCUGGUAUCAGGCCAAAAGAUGGGAGGUGGAGUCAAAAUGCUUGUGAGUUUUUCAUCAAAGCAGUCACAGAUAAAACACUAAAUGUACGUGUGAUAGCAAAAUACGAUGAGAGCUAUGUUGUCCAGCUAACAGAUCCUAAAGUAAAGGGAGAAAAAGAUCUUAGUACACUGAUGUGGUUUUCUGGCCUUGCUGAAAGGACUGAGACAAAGAGACAACCCAAAGCCAAAAUGACCAUGCAACCUACUAUUCUCCCCACGCAACCUCCACAUGCCAGACUCUCGGGUGUCUACAUGAACAAUGAAAUGUCUUUCCAGACCCCAAAUACAGUUGGCCCUGCCAGUAAUCGAAGAAGGAUUCCUACAUUUAAGGAGCUCAUGUUUCCCAUCGGAAGUGUCUUUGAAGUCAUUGUGUCCCACAUUGAAAGCCCAAAUGACUUCUGGUGCCAACUAGUACAAAAUGCAGAAAACUUGAAGUUUCUCAUGCAUAACAUACAGACACAUUAUGCAAGCAGUGAGUUUCAGCCUCUUGAAGAAGGAGCUUGUGUAGCUCGCCAUCCUGAUAAUGGAAUAUGGUACAGGGCCCUUGUAAUUCACAAACAUGAAGCGCCUCAUGUUGAUGUGUUGUUUGUUGACUACGGCCAGAAGGAGACAGUCUCCCUCUAUGACCUGCGGAGGAUCAGCCCUGAAUACCUCACUCUGCAGGGACAAGCUAUUCGGUGCAGUCUGUUAAACCAUGUUGACCCCACAUCUGUCACAAAUGAGUGGAAUGCAGAAGCAAUAGGAAGGUUCCACAGCCUUGUGGAAACUGCUGCAUUCAACUUUGGGAUUUUGAAGUGCACCAUAUAUGCUGUAAUGUGCAGUGAGCAAAUGACUGUUUUCAACAUUGUGGAUCUAGAAACUCCCUUUGAGAGCAUCUCCACCAGUAUGGUCAGUCUGUUCAAACCUCCUAAGAAAGACAAUGGGCCAUUUUUCCAUCUGAACACAUACUAUUACUCGGCACACAAGAUCAAACUUGGAACAGAGGAACAGGUCACAGUAACAAGUGUGAACAGUGUCAGUCAGUUCUACUGCCAGUUCCAAAGGAAUGCUGAUAUGAUAAAAGAUCUCAAGAUCAAAGUGAACAGUCUCUGCCAACAGUUGGAGAAUAUAAAGGUCCCGGCAGUCUUUGGAACUUUGUGUUUUGCGAAGUACACAGAUGGGCAGUGGUACAGGGGAGAGAUCAAGGCCAUGAAGCCAGCCAUUCUGGUUCACUUUGUGGAUUAUGGUGACACUGUUGAGGUGGAAAAGUCUAACUUGCUUCCAGUUCCCAGAGAGGCUGCUGACAUAAUUUCUGUGCCUAUACAAGCAAUUAUGUGUAGCCUCUCUGGUGUCCCUGCCGAUGUUCCCAGUGAGGUGAACAGGUGGUUUGCGACAAGUGUGACACAGUGUAAAUUUCAAGCACUUGUAGUGGCUCGAGAACCUAAUGGGAAAAUGCAGGUUGAGCUGUAUCAUGGUAAAACUCAGAUUAAUUCGAAGCUUGCGAAGAAGUUUCAGAUUCAAAUGUACGCAGAUGAGAUGUACAGCAAGGUUGUGUGCCAAGUUCCGAGAGCACUUGAGACUUCAGCAAAUCUUACACAAAAACCUCGAAAAGCUGUCCCAAAACAAGCUAGAGAAAUGAAAGAUCACACUCAAACCAUUCAGAACGGUGUCUCCGCCCCAAAAUCAGCACAUCACAUGAAAGAUGCCGACAUGAAUCUGCAGUCUGCACUGAAGCCUUUGCACAAGAAGGUCAAAGCUCCUCCGUUAAAGCUGUACGAACCCCCACCCCAAAGACAGUCUUUUGGAAGGACACCAGAUGCUAUGGCAAAUAAGGCAGAAGGUGAUUAUGUUCAUGUUGAAAAACUCCCUAAACUUGCAGACCUGCCCUCAAGAUCUAUCACAUCUGGUAUGAAAGCAGAUGUUUAUGUCUCUCACUGCAAAAACCCCUUGAGUUUCUACGUCCAACUUGUCAGAGAAGAAGAUGAACUAUUCUCCCUUGUUGAAAAGCUCAAUGACCCACAAUCCAACCCCCACACCGAUGACAUCAAACAGGUGCAUCCAGGUGACCUUGUUCAAGCAGAGUGGAUGUGUGAUUACUCAUGGUACAGAGCAGUUGUAAGAGAAAUCGACAGUAACACAAUGGCUCUUGUUGAGUUUGUUGAUUUUGGAAAUACAGCGGUGAUACCAUUUUCCAAGAUAGGCAGACUUGAUAAAGAUUCCUUGCAAUUUCCUAUGUACAGCACAUGCUGUAUGCUGAGUGAUGCUGCAGCUCUUGGAAAGGAGGAAGUGCUUGAUCCAAAAGUGACAUCAGCUUUUAAAGAAGACGUCGGUGCUAAUGGAGAAAAGGUGCUCAAGUGCCACUUUAUCAGGCAGUCGGGAUCCAUGUGGGAAGUCAGUCUUGAAGACAAUGGAGUGAAUGUCACGUGUAAAGUACCUUCUGGAUGUUCAGCUGAUUGCUCUGAAAAAAAUGAACGAACUGCCUGGUCCUCUGACAUUAGGCAAGUCCCAGAGAAAUCUGUACCGAACUCCCGUUCUCUGCUGUACAAGCAACAAGAGUUUUUAGAGGGACAAAAGUUUGAGGUCUAUGUUACAACUGUAAAUGAUACUCAGACGUUUUGGUGUCAGCCUGCAUUCUCAGAAGAGCUUGUGAAAAUCAUAUCAAGUCUCUCAGAAGUUGGGGAUGCAGCCGAUCAAAAACCACUUGACCCAGGCUUGCUCUCCCCUGGCAGCCCAUGUGUCGCUCUUUUUUCAGACAAUCAUCUUUGGUACCGCGCAGAGGUCAUCAGCAAAGAUGAAAACAAGGUUUCUGUUUUAUUUGUAGACUACGGAAACAUAUCCCAAGUCAGUGUUACCGAUGUGAGGGAAAUGCCCGCUGACCUGAUGGAAAUCCCUCCACAGGCGUUUUUGUGCGAACUUGAAGGCUGUGAUGCUUCACGGGGAUCCUGGGACAGCGGUGUAGUAGAUGAGUUGUCAGUGCUUACGGCAGACAAAGUGUUACAGCUGACUGUCACUAGACUAACAAAAGAAGAAGGAAAAAUCAAAUGCUUUGUGCAGAUGAAAGUUGAGGGCAGGUUGAUAAAUGAGGCACUGAAAACCUGGUGGAAGAACUCCACGCCAGAAAACAAACCUGAUGCAGUUGGACAAACCACUUCUUACAAACCACCACUGCUAUGUGACCCAGCUGUGAAAGAGAGUGCACCUCGUCUGGAUCAACUUGAGUAUCCUGACAGUGAAGAAAUGGAUAAUGCUGUUGCUUGCAUUUGCAGUGAAGGGAAGGAUGCUGGUGAGCUUGUAGACCCUCAAACAGGAGAUGAAAUUUCAGGACUAACAAGUUGUUCAACGCACAGUAACAACUCUGAAGAUUAUCUUCAGUCCUCUGUGGAGUCCCCAGAAGCAGAGAGGGACCAGGUUUUAUCAGAAUGUGAUAUGACCACUGCACCUCAAAUGCUGAGAAUGACAGAGAGCCUGAGGGAAUCUGUUUCCGAUGAAGGGGUGAGCAUUUUUGGCCCAGAUCCCUUAAAUUCUCCGUUGGAUGAGAACCCUAACAAGGACAUAAAUGAGUCCAAGAUAUCAGUGACUGAGUCAGAGUCUCCGCCCGGAGAGGAGAAUACCUGCAUGAAUUUUUCUGAUCCAAAAGAGCAGAGAGAUGACAGCAAGUUUGCCUUUUUGGAGGAUAAUGCUCCUCGCAAUAUGACAACAGUGAAAAUGGUUCCUCGUGGAGCUUUUCGUCCCACAAUUGCUAAGAUUUCUGAAGACUUAAAGCAGAGUGACUUGAUGGCUGAAGAGGAGACCAUGGCUCAACAUGAGGUUACAGAUUCAGCCUUGCUUGCUGAUUCUGGCACAGCAGCCAGUGAGCCACACACCUGCAUAGCCCCCUCUCAGGACUUGGGUGGUGAGGUUGAAGAUUUGAGCUGUUCUGUUGAAGAGGCCUGUUUGGCAGAUGUCUACACAGGUAUGACACCUCAGUGGCUACUGAAUAAACAGCACAACAAUGUUCCAGAUCUGAAUGAGCCAGGUGAUGACAGUGAAGUCACCAGUGCAGGAGCUAACUGUCUCAGCAUUAGGACAGCAGCGGAAAUGGUCCAAAAGGAGCCACUGCUUUCUUGUAGGAUACCUCCUCAUGGACAAUUAAUUGGAGCAGACUAUAAUCUUCUGGUUUGUAAACUUGAUCAUGAUUCCUCCUUGUAUGCCCCCCCCGACUCCGAAGCUGACAUGGAGGACAGUGAGCAGCUUGUGUACUCCUCCUCCAAACAAACAGAGAAUUUUAGAAAUGGUGUGGCCAAGGAGGAAAUGUCAUCCUGUGCUGAUGACAGUUUUGAGGCUCAGCUGACAAAGAUAACUCCUCUCUCUGUGAUCAGUGAUGGUUCAGCUGAUGUUGUGCCUGUUGAGCAGCAGCCAGAGGAGUAACACCCUUGUGUUUCAGUGUGCCAGCUGCAUAUGCUUUAAGUUACGUAACUUAUUACACAAACUGGUUCAAGUUCUAUUUUUUGUUCUUUGUCAUGUUUGUUCUCUAAGUCCUCGGUGGAAGUCUUGAUUUAUUAGUUUGAUCUAUGAGAUCAUUUUUCUUUUUUGGUUAAUUUUAUUGUCCCUAUUGAUAAUAACCUCAAAAGUUAAAUGUGUUUUGGUUUAGUAAUAGUUAAUAGUCGAUACCUUAUAGCGUGUAUCCAUGUGCAUGCCUAGUGUUAUUUAGAACAUUGCUGUGUUACUGAUGAUCUGUUCUGAUAAAAAGCCUAAUAAUUCUUUGGAAAGUGUUGAAUCUUUUGUGGAAUAUAAGACUUAUUUGAAUGGUUGUCAGGUGACAUGUAGCUGAUUUCAAAAAGCUUUUCUGUAUUUUGUGUUUGCACAUGCAUGCCUUGAGGCUACAUUUGUGUUAGCAAAAUAAAUAUCUUUAGAGAGCUAUGAA